UCGAAAUAUCAAUAUGUUGCUCCGAUCGCUCCUCCGAGUAACCGCCGGCCACGCCUCACCAUUCCGGCAAUCUCAGUGGCAGCUGACCUAUUGCCGGAGCAUGGCCUUGGAAACCUCUAAAGGUGGUUCAGAGAAACCCCAGCCAAAAUUCGAUAAGAAAGCACAGUCGAAACCCGAUCUAAAGGAUAAGAAGCCUGAACAAGUGCUGGCGACCAUCCUUGAAUCUAUCUCUAAACAAUAUGUGGAGCUCCGCUGCCGCCUGCUAGCGGAGGAUAAGAAGAACCCCGCCCUUGACGUGGGGCGCCCUCUCUUCCCUUCCGCUCCGUCUCUCUCGUUGCUCACUGAUAAUGAUGUCAACCUUUACUCUAAUUCAGACAAUUUCGCACUGCCACAUCCCCACCACCAUGGCACCAACGCCGACCGCUUGACCCCACCAUACCACUGCACUGCAUUCAUGCAUUACCCGUGCCUGCUUGCUGACUCCACCUCCCAGUCUACAAUAGGAAUCAUCCAAGGCUAUCUCAUUCCGAAAUUUCAAUUCUCAACCUUUGCAGAAGUAUCAUCCCUGCUGACAAAGAAAACAUGCAUAGACCUCAUAAAGAAAUGCAAAUCCAUGACUUGUUUCAAGCAGAUCCAAGCCCAGGUCUUCACUCAUGGUCUCCACAGCAACAUUGAUGUCUUGCACAAGCUCGUGGCAUUUGCCACAGAUGCUGACUUAAGCUAUGCUGACAUGAUAUUUGCUCAGAUUGAGCUCCCAACUUUGUUUAUCUAUAAUGUGAUGAUCAAGGCACAUGUGAAAUCUAGUAGUUGCAGAAAAGCCCUUUCGUUGUUUGAUAAGUUACGUCUCAACGGAUUGGUGCCCGAUAAUUAUACAUAUCCUUUUGUCUUUAAGGCUGCAGGAAGGUUGAGGAUGGUUCCUGAAGGGGAAAAGCUUCAUGGGUUUGCUUUGAAAAGUGGGGAUCUUGAUGAUUGCUAUGUUUGUAAUUCGGUUCUAGAUUUGUAUAGGGAAUUAGGAUGUGUCCAGAAUUUGGCGAAAGUGUUUGAUGAAAUCCCUACAAGAGACUUAAUCUCAUGGAAUGUCUUGAUUUCUGGGUUUGUAAAGAGCAGCAGGUUUGAGGAUGCUGUUAAUGUUUAUAGGAGGAUCAGACUAGAGACAAGUUUGCAACCUGACGAGGCCACAAUUGUAAGCACUUUAUCUGCAUGUACAGCACUAAAGAACUUGGAUCUUGGUCGUGAAAUCCAUGAUUAUGUGAGUAAAAAAUUGGGGAUUACUAUGAUUAUCGGAAAUGCAUUGAUGGAUAUGUAUGCUAAGUGUGGAUGCAUAGAGAUUGCCAGAGGAAUAUUUGAUGCCAUGCCAGAAAAAAAUGUUAUUUGUUGGACUAGUAUGGUUUCAGCUUACACAAAUUUGGGUUGUUUGGAUGAAGCUAGGGCUUUAUUUGAGAGGAGCUCUGUCAAAGAUCUUGUUUUAUGGACAACCAUGAUCAAUGGGUACGUACAGUUCAACAUGGUUGAUGAAGCCAUGACCUUGUUUAGGUGCAUGCAAAUGAAUGGCAUUAAACCUGACAAAUAUACCCUUGUUACUCUGCUCACAGGAUGUGCUCAAUUAAGAGCGCUGGAACAAGGUGAAUGGAUUCAUGCUUACUUGAAAGAAAUUGGAAUUAUUAUUGAUGCAGUGGUUGGUACUGCUCUUAUGGAGAUGUAUGCAAAAUGUGGUUGCUUAGAGAAGUCUUUGCAGAUUUUCUAUCAACUGAACCAGAAAGAUGCAGCAUCAUGGACGUCUAUGAUAUGUGCACUUGCCAUGAAUGGAGAUGCAGAAAAGGCUGUACAAUUAUUCACAGAAAUGACACAGCUCGGGAUUAGACCUGAUGAUAUCACCUUCGUUGGUGUUUUAAGUGCCUGCAGUCAUGGAGGGCUAGUUGAGGAAGGCCGUAAGCAUUUUGAUUCAAUGACUAAGGUUUAUCAACUUGAGCCAAAGUUGGAGCACUAUGGUUGCCUGAUAGACCUUCUAGGUCGUGCUGGACUCAUGGAAGAAGCUGAACAGAUUAUAAGAGAGAUACCAAAUCAAGAUAACAAGUUUGUCAUCCCACUUUACGGUUCUCUGCUUAGUGCAUGCAGGAACUAUGAAAAUGUUGAAAUUGGUGAACGUAUUGCCAAGAAGCUUCUAGAGGUUGAGUCCAGUGAUUCUAGUGGUCAUACACUUUUAGCCAAUAUAUAUGCAGCUGCCAAUAGGUGGGAAGAUGUAAAGAAAGUCAGAAGGAAAAUGGAUACCAUGGGGUCCAAGAAGUUUCCUGGGUGCAGUGCACUUGAAAUUGGUGGCCUUUACUAAAUCUGGUUCAAACCUAACGAGCAGAUUGUAAAUCAGUACUUGAGUGCACGCGGUUGGAAGUUGGAAGCCAGUUAUCUCUUCUGAAACAGCAUCACGACCUUUUGGGAUAGAUCUGAAGUAGUCAAGCUGCAGAGAUUUAAAUUAUGAGGUGGUAAAGCUAAUGGUCAGUUUGGUUACAGACUGCAAGAUCGACUAAAGGGGCGCAGGCUGGGUGAGGGCAUUGAAAUUGUAGAGGGACGAAAAUUUAUGCUGCUUCAGUGUUCCACCCUGAAGCCUUGAAAUGAAGGCUAGAAGCAGAGAAAAUAGCUCUUCAAACUACAGUCCAAGUUUAACGUAGACGUCUUCAGCCGGCCAUAUCUACUGGUCAUCUGAUGGAAGCGGAUAGUAAAGCUGCCUAUCUUCACAAUCUUUGUGAAGAGCUGCACUUUGACCCACAGAAGGCCGUAGAAAUUCAUGAAAGUUUAUUUAAUUAUAUUGAGCUUUAUUAUAAAAGGCAUUUAUAGUUUAGUUUCUCAUACUAUUUUCAGUUGAUUAAAGUUCAUGAUAUACUUAACUCGUGAAAGUAUUAAUACUGUUUAUGUAUUUGCUAUACAAGUUUUAUUGA